AGCAUACAUGGGCGUUCCUUCGCACCGCUGCCAGAUGCGUGGGUGGUGGCAGUGAAGAAGAGAAGGAGAACCUGAAGAGAGCGCGAGCGAGCGAGCGAGCGAGCAAUCACAUGGUAGCGCCGACGACGGGGCUCCCUCCUGGUCUGGCUUGUCAGUGCUUCAUGAAGUGUUGCGCCGUACCCGUGCACGAUCCCUGACCGAGCAUGACCCUGACGGAGUCGAAACCUUCGGAUCCCUAAGUGGUAACUGGGAAGUCCCGAAAAAGCUCACGUGCUCCCUUUCCAAUGAGUUUCUUAUCGCGAUAUCGGCACGGCAGAGGUGAUAACGGCGCUUGAAACGUGAAGAAGAAGAAUCAGAAGAAGAAUCAGAAGAAGCUGCUAUAUUGUUGUUCCCAUUUUUGCAAUUACUUCGCGAUCGAGUGGAGCGGCGGUGAUGAUCGACUGUCGUCGGUGAUCCCGUGACUCGCAAUUGACUAUGUUAAUUAAGUGUCAACAAACGUACGGAUGCGUCAAAUGACCGUAGCAGACAGCGUCUGCAGUGCUCUUACGUUAAUUGGUAACGCUCUUAUGCAGCAAGAAACACUCGAAGCUAUCCUGACGCAACGACCGAUCAUCUCGGCGCGUAAAUUUGUGUGUUUAGUCUUAUUCCGAAAGACUGGCCUCUGCGAUCUUCGCAAAGGGAUAUACUUUUGAAUAUACAGGAGAAUAUUAAAAAGCUGAAUAAGUACAAAGAUGCUUGAAGCAAUUAGAGACUACAAAACACAGAUCAGCUGUGCGAAGAAGGUAUUAUGGAUUGUAUGCGAUUCGGGAGAAACGGAAGACAGGCGGGAGGAAACAAGUGGAAACUGUCAACUUCUCACGUCGUUUGUUCGGUAAUCUUAAAAUGACGUGGCUCGCAGUUCGUCAUAAAUACGGUCUCUUUCAAAUAUCAUCUCUCGAGGAUCAUCCCGGGCCAAUUGCAGAACGGGCAGAGAUUGAAUAAUGAAAGGCUGCGUUAACGGUGAAGCACCGAAGGUAUCCUUGGCACUCAACUGAGUUCUCUUACGGAGAAAGUCACCAUGGCAGUCGAUAAUCCGUCGUACUUCUCGCUGUCGGACGGGGCAUCAUCGUCGAGAGCGACAGCGACGACGACGUGUCCGACGACGGCGUCCCCGACGUCGCCCCGGGGCUUCUCCGCUUUAUUUCGUCGGAAAGCCUGCAAGAUGGGCGCGGCGGCCUCGUCCCAGGGUGGCGUCCUGAUCUCGGGGUCCACGUCCAGCGUUCACCACGAGGGUCGCGGCAACGCGUCAGGCACGUCGACGCCGUCGACACCGACGGAGGAGCGCGUCCCGAUGCUGUCGCGCGACGGCGCCAAUCAGCCCGGAUGCGGCAAGAGGAGGAGCUUCCGCAAUCUCUUCCGGUCUGUGAGCGCGAACGCGGAACACGAGAGGACUCAGAAGUUCCUCAAAGGCGACCCGAGACCGUCCGACGUUGCGCCGCCGUCUCCAUAUCUACCCCACAGGUCGCAUUCGCACUCCGAGAAAGAUCGACGUCAUCCUGGUCGGACCAGGAGAGUCCUGAAAUCCGCCAGCGAACUUCUAUCCAAUGAUAUGGUCUAUUGCGGUUUAGCGGGUAAUUCCAAGGAUCAUAAUGGCAACAAUGACAACAGCAACGACGAUGACGAUACCGCAGAAGUCUUCUUCGGCGUGGACGAUGCCAGAUAUUACAACGUUUCCUCCACUCUCCCCACAACCGCUAGCCGAAGGAGGCACUCGAUCGGCACUUUCCUCGGAAAAGAAACAGGCGCGUCAGGCAAUAUCGUGGCUCCCGGACGACAAACGGGAGGAUCCAGGAAUCUGUUGGAAACAGACACGGUGGCAGCCCCGGUACACGACGAUAUCGAUGGCUCGCGUCGCAACGACAGCAGACAGCCGUCUUGCAACAGGACCAAACGAAGAAGACACAAGAGUUCAUCCAAUAAAGGGUCGCAUUCGGCUACGGUCUUAUCAAGGGACGGACACGCAGUGGACGAUGUCGUCUUGAUCUCUAGCAAGGAAAGCGAGGCUUCUAAUCUAUGGGUUGACUAUCUCACCGGAUGUUUCGAGCAAAUCAGCCGUCAGCAAGGACGACCACCGUUCAGAGUACGUCACAUCGCGAUCGAAGAGCCGAUAGCGCCGAAAACGGAAGAGGAGAUCCGAUCUUCUCGUCUCCAGAUCGUCAUCGUGUGCCCUAUAUUACUGGAACGCGUCCGGACCAGUCCGGAGCAUACCGUCCAUCUGACCAGCCACCUGGUCGCCGAGAAGGUACUGGCGAUGAUGCUGGGCGUCCAUGACAGUCACAUCAACGACAGUCAUAGGUCCAGCCUGGUCUCCUACGACCAGUGGAGGAAAUUCUUCGUCAAGGACCAGAACGAGACGUUUGUGAGUGAGUUGCUGGGCGCGGCGGUCGCCAUUCUAGGCACUACGCCACCGCCAGCUCUCAGAAGCGAUAAAACUGCAUUCUCCGUGCACCCGAAGAAGGUCAAGUUGGGGCAGAAUAGGAUAAUCGUUUUGCUAAACGAUCCGCUGAGUCCUAGGGACAACGUCUCUGUGAUUGUCGAUCGUUGCGGGGAUGCGAUCGACAUAAGCAACGUGAAAAGAAGAAACCCUUACGCGCUGCAGUUUUCAAUACCAGAAAGAUGUCUCGAAGUCUCCAUGCUGGUCGGCGUGAGAAUAACCAAGAAUGGAUGUUCGCUCGGAGUUAGACAAGUCAAAUGCGAAAGCAGACUCAGGGAAUUAGAUCAAAUUCUCAGAGCGCACGAUAAUCCUUUGGAAUUUAUGUGCCAGACUUUCGGCUUUAGUUCUACUGACCGAGAUCAGUUGGACAAUUGGAUGGUGCAUGCAAUUCAGAAGAAUAUCCCUCCUCAUUUCAAUCUUUUGUCCACCCCGAGCGGUAUGGUGUCUUCUCACAAAAAUUAUCUGAGUUCAGAGGAGAAUCCGACAUUGCUGCAUUUCGCCGCGCGAUUCGGCCUGGAGAAACUGGCGUGGCAAUUAUUGGAAUGCCCUGGUGGCGAUCAGGCGUGCGACUUGAAAAACGUUUCCGAGCUGACACCGGCCGAUCUCGCCGACCAAGCCGGACACGCGAGACUAGCCCAUCAAUUGCGGGGCUACAUGCAAAUGAACGAGUUCACCAACAUGUAUAGCUACCUCAAAGUUAUGAGUCAAUCGAGUAACCGAUCAACAGGAACGAAUUCGAUCACGGACAUCUCGUCGACGAUCGCGAACGAAGCCAGCAACGAAAAGGAAGAUUAUUGCCGACCAAGACCCUUGAGCGAGGCUUACUUGGUGCCACCGAUCGCAAGACCGGUAACGAUUCUGAUCCCAAGUGUGCAAACAGCGAACGCCUCUGGUACGACCACAAACACCUUAGCCGCAAAUUACUCGAUCGUGCCAACGCCUACGCCAGUAAUUAAUAACCAGCUGCCACCCACACCCACGACCUCGGUCACGUCAAACGGACUGGAUACGUCCUUCCAGGGUUACAUGAAAAUGCAUGCCGCCGAUUCUUUUACUACGAAUUCUCUUCACCAUAACGUGAUCGGUUCAAAAGCACCCGCAAUGGCUACAACGAAUCUACCACCGUCCCGAACGAACACACCUACUCGUCAGGAAUAUCAUCAAAGUUCCUCGGUAACGCGAGAGGAUAAUUGCGGGCAGAAAAUGUGUCAGAAUCAUCCCUAUGGCAGAACGUCGUCCAAUAGCAGUACUAAGUCCAGAGAACCGUCAGGCCCCCAGGACGAGCUCCUGGAGAUAAUAAACGAUUUCAAAAACAACGUCUUCACGAUAUCCGAGGUAGAGAGGCUCGUUGAAAAUUGGCAGAAGCGAAACGACGUUCAGCAAAGUUUCAAGGAUAAGCAGCGGCAACUUACGGCAAUGCGGGAGGAAUACGACAGAAUACAAAAAAGGAUGAAAGAAGAGAUGAAGACCCCGACGCCCUUCGACAAGAUACGAAAAUUCUUCUCCAAAGGGAAGAAAGAUACGAAAGAAUCUGUUGCCGCUGCCACCGAUUCCUCUACGAGCAAGUCGGAAAGUAUUAAUAGCGGAUUAGCUGAGCGCCGGCCUAUCAGCAGUUUAAGUCUUCGUAGUGUUUCUAGUUCAUCGUCGUCUGGUAGAAUGAGCACCGUCAGCGGUUGCAGCGGUGCGAGCUUGGGCGACAGUGGAACCCAUUCCGAUUCCGAAGACAGAAGACUCCAAAAUGUCAGGGAUGAAAAACCUGGCAUGACGUCCUACGAAAUACCACCUGCGCCUAAACCGUUCACAGGCAGGUAUUCACCGGCGUCCGGGUAUUCCCCAUCACCGGGUCUCUCUAUCACGCGUGAUCUCGAUCUCCGACAAGCACAGUUACCGUCCAGGGCCGACGAUAACGAGUAUUACAUUGCGUUCCCACCGUCGGGUUUACCCGUCCAUGCAUUUAAAGCGGACGGUUCUCCGAGGGAAUCAGACACGCCGAGCUCGUCGUGCGAACAUCCGAAGUAUCACGACUUCGUCCAGAACACCGUCGUCGUCGUCUCACCGGACAAACGCCAGGAGGAAACCGAAGGGACGAAACAUACUGGCGACAACAACUACACGAAUGUCGAACCGGUGACAUCGAAUUCCGCUCCAAUCGCGCCGCCAGGAAUGUGCAUCCCAGACUGCAACGAAUCGACGUCCACCGAUUUCGUUCGCGCGGAUCGGGAAGUCGCGGAAGAACACCUUGCCGGUACCAUCGAGGCGUGUGCCGACGCCGCGGCGGCGAAACCGCCGCUCGCUCAACCUGCCGUUGACGAGGUCGACUCUGCGCUCGUUGUUCAAGGCGAAGAGACCGCCGGGACAAUACGCGAUGAGAAAUACACGCCGGCGGACUCGGCGGACAUUUCGAAGAACACAAAUGAGGCCACCGAGACUAGAAUGCCGGAAUACAUGAACCUUGCUGUUAAUACGGUUCACGACGCUGCCAAGGCUUUCGGUGCUGUACCAAAGAAGUUACCUGCACCACCCGUGCCACCGCGAGGUAGUUGCGUUCGAUCUACGAUUUACAAAUUUGCAUAAGCAUUAAAUCUCGAUACGUGAAGUACAAUGCAAGAUAAAUCACUGACCCACCGCAACAAGUUUCGAGAUGCAGUUCUUAAGGAAUUAUUUCCUCUCCGCUCAAAGAUCAAGAAAACAAGAUUACGGGAAUUUCUGAUGAAUCGUGAUUGAAAAAGAUGUCAGUGAUUCAUGUGGAUGUAACUGCGACAGGAGAGUCCUUAUUUAGCGAUUUUAUCUUCAAAGCGUUUGAAAAGCUGAGCUAUUUAUGUCACACAUCGACGUAUAGACUAAUCAAAUCACUUGUUAGAAUAUGAAUUCUAUCGAUUUCCUCAGUGCUAUAAUAUGUAACGCACAAUUUUUUGUGAUUCUUGUGAGAAACAACGAAUUAAAAAACUAUACAUUUCAAUUAUAAUGUAAUGUAAUAAUAAUCAACAUGAAAGAAUAUCAUAAUUAAAAUAGAGAAUAGAUAUAAAGCAUAAUAGAAAUACGGUUACAUACUCAAAUGGAUAAUCAUAGAUUGCUUUGUCAAAUCUAUUUUCAACGAAUUUUUAUCUGUCACGACUAAAAAAGCGAAAGCCAGAAAGCAAAGCGUAUAUAAAAUAUACGCUUUUCAGUGACAAAUUCUUACGCAAAUUAUACACCGUGCCUUUUAUGCAUGAAAAAUCACGACUUAAAUAUCGCAAUAUUAAUAAUAUUAAUUUAAUCGGUAAAAUUUAUACAAGUACUUUCGUCAUACUCGAUAAUUGUAUGUGGCAAAACGUAUCUAUCUAUAAUCUACGUAGAAGAAUAAUGUUAAGGGCCGAGGCAAUGGCUAUCACUAUUGCCAUGCUCUCUAAAAAUCAAUCAGUGGAUUAUCACUGAAAACAGCGAAUCAUCACUGAUAUACAGUUAUAAGCAGAGUUGGGAAAAUUACUUUAUAAAAGUAUCUAGUUACAGUUACAGGUUUUUUUCGCUAAACACGUAUAUCCGAAAA